AUGCUCUCGAGAAGCGGCGUCGGCACCAAGCCGACCGUCGACCAGAAAAGCCCAGCGGCGACGCCGCAGCCACGAUAUUUUACCACCGCCCACCACCAGCACGCCCAUUUGAGGAACUCGACCAACGACGUCACCGACCAAUAUGCCGAAAUCAAUCGUGAUACGAUAGGAAAGAGCCAUUUUACCCAAAAUCCGCCAUUUCAGCUGAAUCGUGAUACGAUAGAAACGAGCUAUUUUACCCAAAUCCCCCAAAAUCCGCCACUCCAGCGACGACCAACUACAGCAGAAAUACUUCAAGAACAAUUCAUCAAAGAAGAAGCAGCCAAGCCACCGACGGCAGAUCAACAGCAGCCCAAGAAAUGGAUCGACCAUCCGAUCGCCCCAUACGUCAUCAAACAAGAUCCAUGGACCGAGGAAGACUACGCAAGGCUCAUCAUCAAUCCGGAAUUCGACCAGCUUCGAGAAAUCACAUGGGCCGACGAAGAACGAUGGGAAAGCUGCUUACAACUCUACCGCAGAAAGACUCUCGCCAAGGAUAUUCCGCUCGCAACCCGCAUCACCAACUGCCGACAGAUGCACGGAGUCAUCGCUCACGACAACAACCAGGAAACAUCAUUCCCGAUCACAGGAAUCACUCGACUACCGGAUAUUGUCAAGUUCCGCCAGGAGGCCACGGACGUCAUCAGAUAUCACACCGAGAACCCAACUGCCGCGCCCGAAAUCAUCCAAGGAAACCUGAUUACCAGCCACAGCCCGACGAUCCUCAAGCCACCAUUCUCCGCGAACAUGCCGAUGCUCUACAGAGUGAUCAACACGAAAGGACCAGGAUCCAUGACGAUAGAAGCCAUGCACUUCGAACUAUUCUGGCAACGACCCGAACUCCGCUACCUGGCCCUGGACGCGCAAACGUCAUGGAAUCGCAGCAGCCAGACACGUGGAACCAUGCCCACGCAGACCAGCAUCGGCGACCUCGUAUGGGUCUACAACAUCACUCUUCCAUGGGAAUUAGUGAUGAAACGCCACAUCCAGAACGCUAUCGAAAGCACGAGAUACGACUACUGGACCACGACACAGGACGUCAUCCCAAUUCUCCAAGUCAAGGAAUUCGACCUCGUCACCCCGAGCACGCGUGCGCCCACUACUUGCAUCAUCCAGCAUAUUGACCCGGACUACAACAAUCCCUACAUCAAAUCGACGACAAUCCGCAUCCCGGGAGAAUACCGACCAUGCCUCGUCGGGAGAGACAUCAAUCGAAACCAGGACCAAUAUCAACUCGGAGCCGUCAUGGCAUGCACACCGCGCAACGAAGCACCCGCUUCCAUCUACCUCGUUUCAAUUCCACGCACGUCCGAAGAAGACGAC